AUGUUGCCCCCCCGGCCCCAGGUCCUGUCGGCGCUCCUCGUCCUGCUGCUCGCCGCCGGACGCUGCACCGCGGCUGCCUUGCUCAGGGGCUCCAGCACCAGGGGGGAGGGGCGUGUGGAGGGCCGCGGCGUGGUGGAGCUGGUGGGCCGGCCCCCGAGGACCAGGACCGAGACCGGGACAGAGGCGACGCUGGGACUCGGCGGGAAAGAGAGAGUGAACAGGUUACAACAUGGAAUAGAAAAUCAUCCUCGAGAUCCGAAGCACAAGGAGAAGUUCAUCAAACACCUGACAGGUCCUCUGUACUUCAACCCAAAGUGCAAGAAACAUUUCAACAGACUGUACCACAACACCAGGGACUGCACCGUACCACUCUUUUAUAGAAGAUGUGCUCGUCUGCUGACUCAACUGGCCAACAGCCCCCGCUGCACCGAGAGGUAG